UCGAAAGUGCUCCAGUCAAGAAACAAAAUUUACUCUGCUCCUCAGUUUUUGCCAAAUUUUACCCGGAAAAGUGCUCAAAUUCACACCCCGAAAAAUGGAGGAAGAACAGAUGGCGGAGGAGCUAAAGGAAAAGCGCAUUUGCCGGUUCUGUCUGACCCAGACUGAGCCGCUGUCGGAUAUUUUCAGCACCAACGCCGAGGCGUCGGAUGGGAGCAAAAAAUCAACACCCUUGACGCUGCAAAUCAUGGCUUGCGUAGCCAUCGAGGUUUACAAAGACGACGGAAUGCCGGCGACCAUCUGUGACAACUGCCGGGCCCUGAUGGACCACUCGUACCGGUUUAAGCAAAUCUGCAAGAAGGCCGAUACGUUGCUCAAAACGUACCCGCUGACCGGGGUUUGGCCCGAGCGGUUGCAGGUUCCGGUGAACCUGUUUAAGUCUGCACAACCGGUUACCGUUCCGGUGAAGGCUCCACAACUGCCGGUGAAGCAGCUACCCGUUAAGGCUCCGGUGCAACGGAAACCUGUACCGAAGCCAACGCCAAUCAGACAAACUGUAACCGUCAUCCCAGGCAUUGAUAAACCCGUCAAAACCAAACAAAACAAACAAUUGAACGUAGAAGAAGAGGAGGAAGAGGAGCAGGAGCUCCAACCGGUUGACCAGUCCGACGAAGAUCCGCUCGCGGACAUCAAGCCGAAAAUCGUUAAACUUAGCAUCGAAGACCUGCGCAGCAUCAAGCAGGGCAAACCGAUUAGCAAAACUCAACUGAUCAAGAAAACUCCCCCCGCUGCUAGGAAGAACAAAAUCCAAGUCCUGAACUCGGAGGUGAUCGUACCGAGCGCGGAAUCGACGAAGAAAACAUCACCCACCAAGCAACAUCCGGUCAAGGUCAUCAACGGCUCACUUCCGCUGUCUAACCAGCCCAUCCUGCUGAACAGCCUCAAGUCGGCGAGGCAAGUAACCGAACACUUUUUGCACACCUCAGAGGGCACACUGGAGAUUGUCACGACGGAAAUGUUGGAGCGCGAUCCGAUGAAGAUUGCUCCGCCCGUCGAGACGAACGUGUUUCCUUGCAGCGAGUGCGAACGGUCGUUCCCGCUGCGUCAACUGCUCGAAAUUCACAUGCAAAAUCAUAACCGCGAGCGUAAAUUUCCCUGUGACUUGUGCGACAAGCGCUUCUUUAGCAAAUACGAUCUGGCCAAGCACAACCUCACACAUACAGGGGAGCGGCCUUACGUGUGCAUUAUCUGCAAGGCGGCCUUCUCCAGAUCGACGCUGUUGACGCGCCAUCAAAAGGUUCACAAGGACCAGCCCAAGUUCAUCUGCAUGUACUGCGAGCGCACGUUCCUGUCCAACGAGGAGCUCCAAAAGCAUGCCAUAAACCACGAAAAGGUUCGCCCGUUCAAGUGCAUGAAAUGUCCAAAGACAUUCGCCUACAAGCAAGGCCUGGAACGUCACGAGAUUACGCACGACAAGAACCUGCCGUUCCCGUGCGAGCACUGCGAUCUGAGCUUCGCCACGGCUGGCAAGUUGGCGCGACAUCUGACGGCGCACGCCGGAAACCGGCCGUAUCCGUGCCGCUGGUGUAACCGGGCGUUCAUGUUGAGCCAUCAUCUUACGCGGCACGUCCGCGCUCACCAGGGUGGUCAGGGUGCUUACAAGUGUACGGAAUGUACGGAGGUUUACUACAGCCAGGAUGAGUUGAUUUACCACUCGGCGGUGCACGCCACGGAGAGCAAGACUUGCCCGCUGUGUCGGGAGCAGUUUGAUUCGCUGGAGCAGGUCACCGAUCAUAUCAAGCACCACUCGGAGGGCGUUCAGUACGCGUGUGACUAUUGCGACUUGUUGUUUACCUCGGAGAAACGGCUGGACGACCAUUGCCAAGCGGAACACUUGUCGGUGCUGGCGAUGGAAGCCGAAGAACUGCAAGCGGCCGAAGCCUCUAAAGCGCAACAAGACGCCGAAGAAGCGCAGCAGUACAUUAUCGAGGAAAUUGAAAUCGGAACAGACGGUAGCAAGACCAUCACCAAAUUUGGCAUUGACGGACAGGUUAAGGAGAAGAAACUUGUCCGGCAGGGCAAAACGAUCAAGAACGAGGUGGUGACGAAUGACAACACAGCGUACGCCGAGGAGGAGGAAGAAGAGGAAGCUUACAGUCAGGAAGACGAGGACGGAUUCAUGGAGCAGGACUGGCCCUCCGAAGAAGAAGAGGAUAGCCAAGAGGUCACCAAAGCUGCACCGCCACAAGCAAAGAGCCAACCCGCUUACAAGCCCGGCGUCAGCAAGCUUCAAGUUUCGAAACCAGUCACGUCAACUCCGGCUCCAAAAACCGCAACUCAAAAGAAGCUCGACAGCUUCUUCAAAAAGGAAUCUCCGUCGUCCGCACCGGCCGCCAAAAGCGUCAACGAUGUUCUCCAGAAGCUCCCCAAAGGAAUGAUAGUCAAACGUCCCACGGCCGUCGUCAAACCGGAAGCCACCAAAACUCCACCACUCCCGAAGCGCCCAUCCGAGCCACCCAAAACCUCCCCGCGACUGGCGGGCAAGCGACCACGUGAAGAAUCUGAAACCCCCGUACCGACCAAAAAACCCACCAUAGAAUCGAAACCAGGUCCCGCUUCCAGCAAGCCACGUGCCCAACCCGCUUCGACGUCAUCGUCCUCGAGUUCGCUUGGGGAAGUCAAGAAGGGCAAAACGUUCGAGAUGAAGAUCGGCAACAAGAUGGUCAAGGUGCAGAAGGUGGUCAUGACGAAGGCGGAGGUCGCAGCGAUGGCGCGUGACGGAAAGAUUGAGAUGCAGGGCGAAACCAUGAUAUUGAAGCAGCAGAAGGGGAAGAAGUAGGAGAUGGGUUCUACGGUGAGUACAAGAGUAAGUUUAAAUUUGUCCAUCGAAUGCGAAUAAACGUAAGGUAAGAGUUGAAAUUUCA